AUAAAUUUAGAACUCCAGAAAAAUAAUUGAUAAAUAAAAUAUAUGGCAACAAAAAGGCAACACAAUUAACCAACCCAAUCUAUACCCCAUUCAACACCACCAUCAUCGUCAUCCUCCAUCGUAUAAUGCAUCAAUGUCUGGAUCACGACAUUUAGAUACUCUGUCAAGACCAACGGUCUCAUUUGGUUUGUCCAAAGAUGUCCAUGCUCCUGUCAUGGUUAAGAUAUGUUAUAUGAUAACGACUAAACCAGAUAAUAAUCAAUUAGUUAAAUUAUCCCAAAAAUAUGAAAAUGCAAGGGUGUUCAAUACUUUAUCGAAUGUAUAUCGGAAUUCAGAUUUAUACAUUGAACUUUCAAUCUAUGAUGGUAGCAAUAAUCUUAUAACUACCCCUAUUCAAACCUCAUAUAAGUCAUUUAAUAAUAAUAAACGAGAAUGGAAUCAAUAUUUAACUCUUGCUAUCACCUAUAAUCAAAUCCCUAUUGAUAGUUAUUUGAAAUUUGAGUUAUAUGAGAUUGUUGAAACUAAACCUAAACAAUUUGGAGUUGGAUACCUUUCAAUGUUUAAUAAAAAGAAUUCAACUUUAAGAACUGGAUCCCAAAAAAUACCAGUUUAUCGAAACGUACAAACUGAAAUCAUUCAAUAUGAAGAUAUACCUGGCUUAACAGAGUUAGAGAAACUUCAAAUAAGGCAUGAAAAUGGGGAAUUUAAAGUGGUGAGUUGGUUAGAUAAACAAGUGUUACCUAGUUUGUCAAAAUAUAAUGAAGUUAAUACUGAUCAUGAUUAUUAUCUAUAUCUUGAAUUAGUACCUUUUGAACUUCCAAUACUUUAUUCUGAUAUAAAUUAUCAAAUACCUACAUUUCAUAAUAAUACAAGUAAAGUAUCUACCGCAGCUGAGAGUCAAAAUUUAAGUGUGGUAUUGAAUUCUAUUGAUAUUCCCAAUGCUAUCAAAGUUUAUGAUCCUGAUUAUCAAUUUUUUAAAUAUUCAGAAAAUAUAAAUCAAAAUAACACAUUGGAUACUGAACCUGAUCCUAUUGAAUCAAAGUAUCAUAAAUUGGAAAGAAAAAUUAAUAAUCCUAUCUUAGAUAAAGAAUUGAAACCCACUCCACAAUUAAGAGAUGAGUUAGUGAGAAUCUUAUUAAAACCAUCACAUGUUGAAUUAACUGAGAUUGAAAAGAAUUGGAUUUGGAAAUUCAGAUAUUAUUUCAGUAAAAAUAAUACUAGUAAUGAUCCAAGCAAUAAACUUGGUUCAGCCAAAUCUUUCUUACCGAAGUUCUUAAAGUCUAUUGAUUGGGAUACAGAUAAUGAAUUAGAUCAUGCUUUUGAAGAAAUCAUUCCUCGUUAUUGGCUGGUGGAGAAGCUUCAGAUGGGUGAUGCUUUAGAUCUUCUAAGUAAUUAUUUCAAUCCAUUUACUCUAGGGGAAAAUGCCUUAUCUUCAAAUGGUGAUGUAAAACUGUCAGGAACUAAUAAAAAGGAAGAAACUAAAUUUCAAAAGAUAUUCAGAUAUGUUACCAUUAUAAGAAAUAUGGCAGUUGAUAGAUUGAAAUUAGCUAGUAGUGAUGAGUUAUUGUUAUACUUACUUCAGUUAGUACAAACAUUAAAGUAUGAAGCUUUUAUUUUUGAACGAGACAUACCUGGAUUACCAAUAGAAGAAAAUGGAAACAAGUCACCGUUAAGAUCACCAUUAGCCAAAUUCUUAAUCGAAAGAUCAGUUCAAAGUGAAAAAUUAGGUAAUUUCUUUUAUUGGUAUGUUAAAGUAGAGAAUGAAGAUUAUUUAAAUCAAGUUCAGACUCAAAACCAAAAUCAAAAUCAAAAUCAACAACAACAAUCGCAAAUAACUUCAGAGAAAAUAUAUGCUGUGGUGAUGGAUAUAUAUAUUAAGAGCCUUAAAGGUCAUUGUAAAGAAAAUAAUUUACCUGGAUUUGAUAAUUUAAGAAAACAAAUUAAUUUUAUAAAGAAGUUAACUACCUUGGUUCAAGAAAUAAGGUCACCGACUAGGAAACUCGAUACUAUAGCAAAGAAAGUUGAAUUUUUAAGAGAAUAUCUUUCAACUGCUUCUAAUGAACUUUUAAAAUUCGAACCUUUCCCACUUCCAUUAGAUCCAUCAAUUAUAAUAUGUGGUUGCUAUCCAAAAGAAAGUUCGGUAUUUAAAUCUAGUUUAUCACCAGUGAAAAUAACGUUUAAAACUGUCCUUAACAAGCACCAAUAUGCCACAUCACAAAUAUUUGGGAAGAAGGGCAGUAAGCAUGGUAAAUAUCGUCUUAUGUUCAAAAUUGGAGAUGAUUUGAGGCAAGAUCAAUUUGUCAUUCAAAUCAUUAAUUUAAUGGAUCAACUUCUAAAGAAUGAAAACUUAGACUUGAAAUUAACUCCAUAUAAAAUUCUUGCCACAAGUCCAGUUGCAGGUUUGAUUCAAUUUGUUGAAAAUGAAACUUUGGAUGCUAUUCUUGCAAAUAUGUAUCCUGCAUCAGUUGUUUAUGAUGAAGGUACUGCUCCGCCAUCAGUGACAGCUGCCUCCGCUACAUCAAAUAAUGUAUUGGUAGCGUCUAACAAUGGUAUCUUAAGUUAUCUUCGAUUACACAGUGAAGAAACACAACAAGCAGAACCACAAGCUACAAGUGUAUUAAACUCUUCCUAUUCAUCAGAACAACAAUCAUCAGUGCAACCUCAACCAACUGUUAAGUCUGCCUUGGGUGUCUCUCAUAUACUUAUGGACAAUUAUGUUAAAUCAUGUGCUGCCUAUUGUGUUAUUACAUAUAUUUUAGGAGUUGGAGAUCGUCAUUUGGAUAAUUUAUUAAUAUCGCCCAAUGGUAAAUUUUGGCAUGCAGAUUUUGGAUACAUGUUCGGAAGAGAUCCUAAACCAUUCCCACCACUAAUGAAAUUACCCAUUCAGGUUAUUGAUGGUAUGGGUGGAAUGAAUCAUGAAAACUAUGAUAUUUUUAAGAGUUACUGUUUUAUUACAUAUAAUAAUUUAAGAAAGAAUAGUAAUUUAAUUUUGAAUUUAUUUCAAUUAAUGAUUGAUGCUAAUAUACCUGAUAUUAAAACUGAUCCUCAAAGAGUAAUUGAAAAUGUUCAAGAUAAAUUUUGUCUUGAAAUGAGUGAUGAAGGUGCUAUGUUACAUUUCCAAGAUUUAAUAAAUAAUAAUGUGGGUGCAUUCUACCAAAAUGUUAUAGAUAGAUUACAUAGUUUGGCUCAAUAUUGGAGAGCAUAGGAAGUAUUGGACCAUAAUAAUGAAUAAUAAUAAUAACAUAAACUAGAACAUACAAAUAUCUAAUCAGAUUUCGUAGGCUUUCUUUGGGCUUUAAACCUAUCUCUAAGACUCCUUAUGACAAAGGUAUAUACCGCCGAUAUAAUAGCAAAUGGAGGAAAAUAUUCUAAGACAGUGAAAAUGAAUUUUGGCUUUAUUUCAUCUACUACUGAAGCAACUGAUGAAUGCAAUUGUUUAAGAUCGCCACUGUUAUCUAUCACUAAAUCAGCUCUGAAAUUUCUUUCUUCAUUUGACAAUUGACUAGCAAUACGCUUUUCAGCAUCUUCUUUUGAUAAUUCUUUGUUUCUGGAUAUCAAUCUUUCAAGCUGUAUAUCUCUAGGACAAGUAAUGGUUAUGGUUAACCCACAAAUCUUAUCUAGUUUAGUUUCAAAUAAGAGUGGCACAUCAAGAAUCACCAAGCUUUUUAACCCA